GUGUUUUAAUGUGAACUUGCCCUGAGUGGCACAAUUUGGGUCCUUAACAAGAUUUCCUCCUCGAACCAGUCGGUUUUUUUGGACAUGUCGGAUUAACUGUGGUGCUUCCACUAUGCAGUGAAGAUGUGUGCAGCCAGGUUCAGCGGCUGUCUCAAUGGCUGUGCCGAGGAGGCCGCCGGUGGUGCCGCGGGGGCUGCUGGUCCGGUCAUUGCCUCCAGGAUGCUGGACUGGACAGAAGCAGGUCCCCGCAUCCUCCACAGCCUGGAGAUGGGCACGGUGAUGACCAUCUUCUACCAGAAGAAGUCCCAGCGUCCUGAGAGGAGAACCUUCCAGAUCAAACAGGACACCAGGCAGAUAGUGUGGAGUCGAAACCCGGAUAAAGUAGAAGGAGAGAUUGACAUACGAGAAAUCCGGGAGCUGCGGUUGGGAAAGGGCUCCCGCGAUUUUGAGCGCUACCCGGAGGAGGCUCGUAAACUGGACUCCGCCCUCUGCUUCAUUGUGCUCUACGGCCUGGAGUUUCGCCUCAGGACGCUCAGUGUUGCUGCCUUUAGUGAGGAGGAGGUCAACAUGUGGAUCACUGGUCUCAACUGGCUGAUGACUGACACUCAGAGAGCACCUGCACCACAGCAGAUAGACAGGUGGCUGAGGAAACAGUUUGAAGUCAUGGACAGGAACCACGAGGGCAGCAUCACAGUGAAGGAUGUGAAAGCUCUGCUGCCUCAGAUCAACUACAGAGUCCCCAACAUGCGCUUCCUCAAAGACAAACUACAGGAGGUGGAGGCCAGGUGUGAUCUGUCGUAUCCCAACUUUGCACAGCUCUACAGGACGCUGAUGUUUGACGCACAGAAGAGUAUUAUUGAGCAGCUGGAGCUCUCCUUCCCUCUGCGGAAUGUGGACAGACCGGAGCUUUGUCAGAUCUCCCUCUAUGACUUCCAGAAGUUUUUACAGAUGGACCAAAAGGAGUCCUGGGCGUCAGAUUUGAGUCGUGUCAGGGAGUUCCUCAUGGGGUACAUGAGGGGUGGACCGCAGCCAGAGCCGAUGCUGCAACUCGAUGAGUUCCUGACCUUCCUGUUCUCUAAAGAGAAUUCUGUGUGUGACCCUCGACUCGCACCUGUCGUCUCCGAUGACAUGAAAAGGCCGUUGUCACAGUACUGGAUCUCUUCCUCACACAACACCUACCUGACAGGUGACCAGUUUUCCAGUGAAUCAUCUCUAGAAGCCUACGCUCGCUGUCUGAGGAUGGGCUGCCGCUGCAUUGAACUGGACUGCUGGGACGGACCUGACGACCUGCCGAUCAUCUACCAUGGACACACCUUAACCUCUAAAAUCAAAUUCCUGGAUGUGCUACACACUAUUAAAGAACACGCCUUUGUCACAUCUGAGUAUCCUGUGAUUCUGUCCAUCGAGGAUCACUGCAGUGUGGUUCAGCAGAGGAACAUGGCCACACACUUCAAGAAGGUGUUCGGAGAUCUGCUGCUCACCAAGCCGGUCGACAACAACGCAGAGGAGCUUCCCUCGCCGUACCAGCUCCGCAGGAAGAUCCUCAUCAAGCACAAGAAACUGGUGGAAGGAACUCUGUAUGAAGAGGUGACGUCCGCCAGCUACUCUGAAAACGACAUCAGCAACUCGCUGAAGAACGGCAUCCUUUACCUCGAAGACCCCAUCGAUCACACAUGGACUCCACACUAUUUUGUCCUGACCAGUAAUAAGAUCUACUACUCAGAGGAGACUUCUCACUACCAGACGACUGACGAAGAGGAGGACGAUGAAGGAAAAGAGGAGUGUAACAACAACGAGCAGCACUGUGCCGAGCGCUGGUUUCACGGGAAGCUGGGCGGAGGUCGUGACGGGCGUCAGGUGGCGGAGAAGCUCCUGCAGGAAUACUGCGAGGGCGGAGCCAAAGACGGCACCUUCCUGGUUCGGGAGAGUGAGACAUUUGUUGGAGACUACACCCUGUCGUUCUGGCGUUCCGGACGUGUGCAGCACUGCAGGAUCCAUUCCCGUCAGGAGUCUGGCUCCACCCGUUUCUACCUGACAGACAACCUGGUGUUCGACAGCCUCUACCGCCUCAUCUGCCACUACAGAGACACGCCUCUGCGCUGCAACGAGUUUGAGAUGAGGCUGGGCAGCCCCGUCCCUCAACCCAACGCGCACGAGAGCAGAGAGUGGUACCAUUCCAGUCUGUCCCGUGUUCAGGCUGAACACAUGCUGAUGCGUGUGCCAAGAGACGGAGCUUUCUUGGUGCGAAAACGCAGCGAACACAACUCCUACGCCAUCUCCUUCAGGGCGGAGGGGAAGAUCAAACACUGUCGUAUCCAGCAGGAAGGGCGUCUCUUCAUGCUGGGCAGUUCGGCAGAGUUUGAGAGUCUGGUGGAUCUGGUGAGCUACUAUGAGAAACAUCCUCUGUACCGCAAGAUGAGGCUCCGCUACCCCAUCAACGAGGAUACUCUGGACCGGAUGGGCACCACGGAGCUCGACUACGGGGCGCUGUAUGAAGUCCGCACUCCUCAUUUCUACGUGGAGGCCAAUAAGAUGCCCACAGCACGGUGUACAGUCAAGGCUCUGUAUGACUAUCGAGCUCAGAGGGAGGACGAGUUGUGUUUCCCCAAACAGGCGCUCAUCCUCAAUGUGGACAAGCAGGAGGGCGGCUGGUGGAGAGGUGACUACGGAGGGAAGAAACAGCUGUGGUUUCCUGCAAACUACGUGGAAGAGGUUCCCAGUUCUCCCACCAGAGAGCUCGAUGAAGCGUCCACAGAGAACAGUCCUCUGGGUACGUUCCUCAAGGGCUUCAUCGAUGUUCCCACCUGUCAUGUCGUGGUGCAUAAAGACGGGAAGAAUUCUCGGCCCUUCGUGUUCACGAUCCAGUCCCAGCAGUUGUCGUCUCACCCGGUCCAGAUGCUGGACGUGGCAGCCGACAGCCUGGAGGACCUCACCACGUGGGUCAGCAAGAUCCGAGAGGCGACGCAGAACGCCGAUGCACGGAUGCAGGAGGAGAAGCAGAUGGAGAGGAGGAAGAAGAUUGCGGUGGAGCUGUCGGAGCUCGUGGUUUACUGCCGUCCCGUCCCCUUCAACGAGGACAAAAUCGGGACGGAGAGAGCGUGUUACCGGGACAUGUCCUCCUUCCCGGAGACAAAGGCGGAGAAGUUUGCGACGCGCGGCCGAGGGAAGCGCUUCCUGCAGUACAACCGCCGGCAGCUUUCCAGAGUUUAUCCCCGAGGACAGAGGCUAGACUCGUCCAACUACGACCCGCUGCCCAUGUGGCUCUGUGGCUCCCAGCUGGUCGCACUCAAUUUCCAGACCCCAGAUAAACCCAUGCAGCUGAACCAGGCGUUAUUCAUGCUCGGAGGUGGGAGUGGCUACGUUCCUCAGCCAGACAUCAUGAGGGACGACACCUUUGACCCUUUCGACAAGGACACGUUGCAUAUGGAGCCGAUCACGAUCCAGUUACAGGUGGUGGGGGCUCGCCAUCUCCCUAAAAACGGCCGCAGCAUUGUCUGUCCCUUCGUGGAGGUGGAGAUCUGUGGAGCUGAUUACGACUGCUGCAAAUGCAAGACAGACGUUGUAGCUGAUAACGGUCUGAAUCCAGUGUGGGUGCAGAAGCAGUUUGUGUUUGACAUCCACAACCCCACCUUCUCCUUCCUGCGCUUCACCGUCUACGAGGAGGACAUGUUCAGUGACCCCAACUUCCUGGCCCAGGCCACCUACCCCGUCCGUCUGCUACGAACAGGUUACAGAAGCAUCCCUCUGAAGAACAGCUACAGUGAAGAGCUGGAGUUGGCAGCACUUCUGGUUCACAUAGAGAUCGUCAACGCAAAGGAGGAAGACGACGAGAACUUGUACACGUCCAUCCAGCGGCUGCGGGAUCGAACCAGCGAGCUGUCCAACCAGGUUUCCCUCCUGGAGAGGUCGGGUUCCGCCGACCUCAGCUACCAGCAGAGUCUGGAGGAGCUCAGAGCGGCACAGGAUCAGCUGAGCGAGCUGGUGGAGGCUCGCAACCGCAGGCUGAUGGAGAAAAAGAGGAGGGAGAAGCUGAGGCAGCAGGUGGCAGCAAAGCGCAGCUAAUCCUCCCGUCCAGCAGAGAGCACUAAACUCCGACAUAAACAGUGCCUGACACUCGCUGCCACCAGUGCUGUGCAGCGACAGCCCGAGAGAACAACAGGCUCUUUACAGCAGCGACAUGCAAUCUUAUAACUGGAAAUCACAAAAUGUGAGAUUUUUACAUCAUCCUGCUGUGCUAACAGCAAAAGAAAAAGUGUAACAAUGAGUGACAAAACAGAAGCAUCUCAUGGACAAAUAAACCUCACAAAAGUUAAGCUAUAAAAACAAUCAUGGAUUUGUGGCUGAAACGCAUUAAGACCAAAUUGGAAAUGGGCUUUUUUUCUGACAUUUCCAUAGAUCCAGAACAGCCUUGAAGGGGGUCAAGAAACCAGUUUUCUGAGUUUCUCCACCAUGCCUGUUUGAAGAGUUGUAUUCAGUUAAUUUAUCGUUAAAAAUAGACAUUUUAAUCACAUUCUUUCCAUUUUUACACAAAAGAUUAAUGCCAUCCAAUAGAUUAAAAAUUUAAAAAAGGGGGGAAAAAUAAUCUUUUUUGCCUGUGAUUCAGUCAUUUUUAGUUCAGAUGGAUUAGGUCUGUCUGCUUCUUAACGCCUCUUAAAACUGGAACUGUUUGGUGGUAGAAUUAUGACACAAAACUCAAUUAAAAGUUUGAAAAGAUGCCUUUUAAAAUUAAGUCUGAAGCUCAUCAAAUUUGCUCUUACUGUGUUUCAGGUUUUAAUAAGAGAACAGGAAAAAGGGAGAAGAAAACUCAGGUUACACAAAUGGAUGGAAAUAAUAAAAAAGAAACUAUAAAUAAUAUUUGGAUGGGAAAGGGAGCAGUGGGCACGUGUAGCAAAAAGGAAAUAUCAUGUCUGUGCCUUUUGAUGUUGUGCUUUUUAGACUGUAGUUACUCUGUGUUUAAGAGAGUAAAAGCAAACUGAUAUGUGAGGUCAAACUGUUUUUCUCUACAACUGGAAUAGUGGCCCUUUAAGGGAAAACUACUAACAGAAACUGGAGGAGGAAUCUACUCGUUUGGCUUGGACCACUACUCAUGAAAUGGGUUUAAAAAGGGAUUUUAAGACUAAAGUCUGUUUCUCCCAAUCGAGACCAAGUCUUUUUUGGGGUGAUCACAUGCACUCUGCGCCCAGACGAUGGGGGCUCCUGACGCUGUUCUACCUGGGAGAGCACAAACUGGACGAACUGUGUCGAAUAAAUCUUCACCAAACCACACCGAGAAGGUCUUUUAAUACUUCUUCAAAAGGGCUCUAGUACUACCUUCAAAGAGGAGAACUGAGAACAGUGAACAGGGGAGGAGGAGGAGGAGGAGGAGGAGAGAGGACGACCACAUUCCUCACAGCGCUCCCCCUGGAUGUCACCUGCACAGGGGCUCAGGUGUGUUCACCUCGGUCGGACACAAAUACGACAAACAAGGGCUAUCACAGAAAACUAAGCAAAGCACUCUUUUACCUGCCGGCUCCGUGUCAUGCAGACACGUUUCACGUCUCGCAUCUGAAACCACACGGCCGGGAUCGGUUCCCAUCAUCUGGCUCUAAUCAACGGAUUUGGGUCAACUGGUCCUGGAUCUGCCAAAAGCAGCUCCGAUUUGAUCCCGUUGCAUGGCUUCAUAUCUAAUAACGCCCCGCCUGUGUAGCUACUUCACCCUCCCAUCACCCUCUGUGUCUAAUUUUCUUAUUGUAUAUAACUUCUUUUAUUUAUCAGACAGGUGUAGAUCCUGUUAUAAUAGAUGAAAGAACAUAUUAGAAAAAUGAUAAUGGACUUCAGAUUGAAGAUACUGUAACUUUAUGUAGAAAUUAAUAUUGUAUACUGGAGCUCCCUUUAAAUGUCCCCAUAGACACAAACCUCUCUCUCUCUCUCUCUCUCUCUCUCUGUCCCUACACUGCAGUUGCACUGGGUAGGGACUUCUAUGCAAAGGUCGUCUUCUUGGCCUAUAGCCAUCGUGUAUUAGGCGAUUUGACUUUAGGUUGUGUUUUCCUCUCUGUAUCUAUGCUAAAUGUCCAGUAUUAAUACUCAAUGCAUUACAAAUCCUGUGCAAGUUUCCAUUUAAUAAAGCUCUUUCAUGUAA